AUGGUGGUGGCGUGUGAUGAACCCAGUGUUAAUGUGGGCAAGUCAGAUUCGUUAGAUGACAAAUUAGCUCAUUUAGAUGAAUGCCUGGAAACUUGGACUGUGGUUGGUUUGGCUCCAACAGAAGGAGAAGCAGCAUCUGAAACCUCUUGUGCUAAUACACAGUGCUGUCGAGACAGGAAGCCUGUACUACGUUCGGCAAUCUGGCUCUUGAUUAUUGCGCUCAUGACAGCAGUGAUGAGCUACUUCCAGGAAGACUGGAACGUCUGUGAAUGGGAACUCGCCACGGUAGCAUAUAUGUUUCAGAAGUGGAUCGGAAGAGCAGUGCUUGGGCAUGAGUUGGGGGGCGUGUCACCUCAAAGCGCCUCUGGUAGACUGCGCCAGCUGAGGGAGGCGUACCUGGUGCUGAUGCACGCGGCAGAGACCCUUCAGCAGCACUUUGGCCUGCCGCUGGCCCUGAUCAUCGCCGGCUGUGUGGGCGGCACCACCUUCUACGCCUACGAUGUGGUCAGCUCAGGAAGGAAGCGGCAUUCACCCUUCGAGUGGUCCAUCAUGUCCGGUCUGUGGAUGGUCCAUCACUCGCUGCAGCUAGUGGCGCUGUCACUGGCGUGCGCAGCGACUGUGGACUCGGCGGCCUACACUGGGCCACUGCUGCUCAGGGCGUCCGCUCUCUGCGAUUGGCGCGGUCCAGAACUGGAUGCCUUCACGCAGGUCACCCUGCGAGGACCGCGAUUGCAGUUCUCGGCUGCUGGACUGGUCGUCAUAGACAGGCGCCUGUUGGUGUCUGCACUGGCCGUGGUCGUCACCUACCUUGUCAUCCUUGGGCAACAGUGA